GUAUGGCAGCCACCACAAAUUAGAAAAAGCAAUAUUUUUCUCUUCAAAAAACUCGAAAAUUGUGAUGUCUCUGGGUGUUUUGGGGAAAUUUAUUCAUUAGAAUGGGGCAGACGACCACAAAGAUUGCUAAGAAGGUGACUAAUUAUUGGUAUGGCGACGAGACUGGCAGCGCUGAGGAGAUGAACAGCCUUGCCAUUUCCAGAUUUGGAGCAACUCCGUUUGUUUACAAAAGAAGAGGAUCAAUGUACUUUGAUGAAGAUGGCGACCUCGCCCAUGAGUUCUAUGAGGAAGUGUCAUAUGAUGGUGAAGAUGACAGUCCUAGAACCUCCAUGCUUAGAAUACAAUCUCAUCAUUUACGCCCACAGGGUGAAGUUGACCUUCCCAUUCCGCGCAUCAACUACAACCUGCCGUUCAUAAUCUGCGAGGCACCACCUAGAUGACUAGUCCGGGAUAGGAUGGAUAGCGGGGAUGCACAAUCCACAGAUAGUGAACUUUACAGACGACCACCGCCACAAGCCACUGCUUCUGGCAGUGUGCCAAGCUCAAGAGCACGGCAAUCAAAAACUAAUAGUGGCAAGAAAAAGAAGAAAAAAGCGAGAUGAGAUGAUAAUUUCUGUUGGCUAUUUAUUAAUGGAGAUGAUUGUAUUCGUUUGGAAUUAUUUAUUUUCUUCCAUAUUGGUCAAAGCUUGAUUGUUCAACAGAUUAACAAUGAUAUAUUGACCAUAUCUACUUGACUUUCAUUGAGACUCGAGAGCUUAUCUGAGGAAGAUGCUGCCAAGAUGCAAAAACAGUAACUUUUGGUUUGAGUCCUUUGAACUGGUACAAGACUGUUUCUUAUAAAAAAUUGGAUCAGCUUAUGAAGCGCACCACCAAGGCCUAAGUAUUCACUCGGCCAACUACAUGUACAUGUAGUUAUCACUUUGCCCAGGGCACACUGUACAGUCACACUUGCUGCUUUUUCUCUGCAAUUCGGGUGUGUAUGGUGUCUGUUGUGGGGACGACUUGGGAAUAAGUCUGUGUUCAUUAUCAUGGAAAUACAGGCAGGACGUCCAUAAUUGGUAUUGCGCUCUGAUACUUGUCUGUCUUAAGAUAACUUAUUUACUUAGCUGUGACAGGAUUGUUUAUUAGGCCAUCUAAAAUGGGAGAAAAUGUCUAACUGCCUCUGUAUAAACGUUAAGAUUUAGGUCUGUCAUCUUUUGUUGAGUUGAUUUCAUAGACAUUAUGAGAUAUUGGUGAUUGUGAUUGACAGUGUUAUAAUUGUCAUAUCAAAUGUUGUCGUCAUGUUUUCAGUGUAGAGUCAGGAGUGUCAGUUGGAGAGGGGGGGGGGCAUGCAGUUGAAAGAAAGAAAGAUUUUGCAAACUUUAGCACCAACUUUGUUUUGAAAGUAUUGUGUUUAUAGUAGGUAGUUCAAGGGUAAAAUACGGCUUGAUAUAAGGAAGCCAUUCGAUAGCAAACCAUAGGACUUUAUUGUUUGGAUUUUGUUUUUUGCUCUAAAAUGAAGAUGAGAGUUUGGUUGAAAAUACGAUAUCACAAUUUUUGAGUUAGCUGAGGCUUAUGCUUAUAAACUUUCAAAAGUACUAUAACUUCAUUGAACCAAAUUGAAGCCGAAUACUGAAGCCAGGUUGAUUUUGUUGGCCAAAGAAAGUGUGGAAUGGAAUGGAAUUUUCGGAACUAAACCUUCCAAAGGUGAUAUUAAAACCAAUAAAAAACACCAUGUUACUUUGCCCUUAUUGUGAAUUGUGAAAUAUAUUGUGUAAUUAUUUAAAAUUAUUGA